UUUCGUCCUCUCCUCUCCGCAGGGAAUAAGGUAAGCCAGCUCCGAGUAGAAGGAAAAGAGGAAAGCUCAUUACCAGCCGCGCCGCUCAUGGCGCAGUGAAAAAGGACGCGUCCCUCUGAGACUAUGCGGCUAUAUCUUCGCUGUUUCUGCCUCUGGAACCGGAAGCCCUGUCGAGGAAAACAAAGUUAAACACGGGCCAAAGUGAGCGGGAAUGUUGUCAGGAGCAGACUGCUUCAAGAGGCUUUAACUUAACCGAGUCAGCAACAUGACCUAAUUUGAGAAAAGUUUGAGAAACGACUGGGUGGAACUCCCCCCAGUUUUCCCCCCUGCAAGACGGACACAUGCAUCAUUGCACAUUCACAUACGUAUGAUCUACAAGCCCGGCCUUUCCCUUCCUGCCAGUUGCCCCAGGCCUUCAUGGAUUCUUACAACUUGCACUUUGAGAGAAUGAGCAACGUGGACCUGCAUCCUCUUAGCCUGUCUGUAAGCCGGCUUUCGCCAGCCAAGUCCAACAGCAGCAUAGUUGACCAUUUAGCCCACCACCAGCACGGUAAAGGAGAUUCUGCUUACAGCUCCUUCUCUGGUGGGUCCACAGCCCCAGACUACCCGUCUCCGUUCCUCCCUGAUGACCUACAGUCUAGCUCCUUCAGCCACUAUGCUGACCUUAAAUACGUGAAGUCUAUCUACCAUCCCACCCAGUUUCUGCAGUCUGACUCAAAGACUAUGGAUCAGCUCUACCGCUCUGUCGAAGCCAUCUCACAGCAGUAUCGCAAUAACACAGAAGUGAACUACCAUAGCCACAAUGGCAGCAAGAGUUUGCACUUCAACAACACUGCACACCCCAAAAAGGAGGCACAUUCGAGGACUCCGUCCCAAAAUGCUCCAGCUGCUGGCCAUGCUCCCCCAGUCCCAGCACGCCUUGAUAGUUUUAUAGCCACUAAAAACUUGGAGAACAGCGGGGUUCACCUUCAUGGUACCGAAUUUAAGCCUCUGCCCCAACAACCUCCACAGCAGCUCAAACCCCCUGGCCAACCACAUUCUCAGAGUCUAAAUGCUCCAAGGACUGAGAUCCAGGAUAAAGGCAGCUCAAGCUUGAGUUCUGAGCCAGUGUACUCAGUAUGGAGAGGCCCUCACGAGAUGCAGCAGGCCCAGCAUCCACCAAGCUACCGGUUGCACCUCCAGCUUCACAACCAGACAAGGGUGAACCCAGAAAACCCUUCCACCGUGGACAACGGUGCUGCCUCUGAGCCGCACAGGUCAGCAAACGCCCCAAGCAGAUCACCUCCUCAAGGCAAAAACCAGCCGGAACACCUGACGCCCAAACGGCCUUCUAGCAGCAGUGACUUUAAUGGAGACCAUCUGACCAAAUCGAGUAGUCCUUUUCGAAGUGAGCGCAAAAGGGCACACUCAGCUCAGGAAUGGCGUGGUGGUCCAGAGCCGCAGCGACCCGCCAGCCCCAGGAACAGCAGCCAGAGUUUUCUCAGCAGCAGCAUUAAACACAAGGGCCAGUUUUACUUUGUCACAGGGGUGUACAAGCCAUCCGACUCUGGUAUGCGGACCCACUCUGCAACCGUAAGCGGUACAGAGGCUGCAAGGGAGGUCUCCGCUGCCUUAGAGUCCCACCGUCACCGAGACAAACAGCGGUCUCACAGCACUAUGGAUAAUUUUUUCCGACCUCCCCAGGAGAGUCCCCACUCUUCCAGUGGUACAAUUCCAGAAGACGAGGAGGUUUUCAUUUCAGUGGAUCAGGAAAUGGACCUGAUGUUCAAGGGCAUGGACCAGGAGAAUCACAGACCGCCCCACUUUUUGAACACCGUGGAAGAAAGUCGUGAGAUCGGCCGCCACACCGCAAGCAACCCGAUAUUCUACUGCGGACCGGACGGACAGAGCCCCCCGCAUUCAGCCGCUCGUCGAGGCGAGGUCAAUUUGGUGACGAGCAACGAGUCGCCGAGCUACAGCAAGAUAGAAGAUCCUGCAAACCGAGGGAAGCGGCAGCCUUUGGAGGACGUUGCUAGCGAGAGGAUAAGCAAAGAGACCACGCCGCUGCUGUAUCACCUCACCGGAGCUAGUCGAACAGUUUUCCAACCCAAGGUGGAUCCUGGAUUCGGCGGAAGAAAGGAGGCAAGCUUCAAAAAAUCCGUCCAGGGGGAUGUAGCAGUAGGUGAUACAGAGAGACCAGCACAAGGUGACACUUGCCAGAACCCGAGGGGAGAGGCUCCGUCCGUGGCAUGUGGCACUUUAGAUGAUUGUUUUAAGAAGUACUACAAAGAGAAACUAAAGGACGCCCAGUGCAAAGUGUUGAGAGAGACGUCGUUUAAGAGGAGGGACCUGCAGCUGCCUUGGCCACACAGUUUGACGCAGAACUCUGAAUGUAGGCCAGUAGCCAUUCACUCGUUCUCCUCAUCACAGGACUCUGAGAUAUCCACAGACACACUCACUCCUUCGUUGACAUCCGAGGACACGGAGAAGGGCAGCAUAAAAGAGGCCUGGGACAAUCAAAAGGAAAUCGACAAAUCAGCGGAGAAGCAAAACGGGAGGUUGGCGAAUGUGGCCCAGCCCCAGGUGGCACGCAUCGGAGGCAGAAAGAGACUGACCCAAGAGCAGAAAAAGAUGUGUUUCUCUGAGCCAGAGAAACUGAACUUGAUCGGUGGCACAUCCAGCCACUCGCCCUCCCGCUCCUUUGGAAACGAAAGCGAGGGAUUGUUUGCGGCCGAGUGUGAGGGAGAGGAGGGGAUGCAGCAAGCGGAGCAGGGACUGGUUGCAGCACGGAGGAGGAUGUUUGAGUCAAGAGGGCGAGCUCUGUCUGUCUCAAGCGCGUCAAAGACGACCCUGAAGCAUCUACAGCAUCAGGCCCUCAUGGAAUACAUAGAACGAAAGACGGGCCAGAACGUGGCUGAGCCGCAGCUCCCGACACCUCACUUACCGACUCCGCCCAGACAGAGGCAUUCUCUUGGCGAGAAACCGUUUGACUGGAGUCCUCGCCCACAAUCAGGGAAUCAGGAGAAACCCACGAAGAAGAAACACCACAGACCCCACUCCGCUGGCCGCAUUCUCGAUUCCUCAACUAGCUCCAUCAGGUAUGCCCAGUUUUUCUCUGCACAGUCCUGCUCAGGCCACUAUCCUGGCCACCAAAACCCUUCCAGACCGAGGGAGAGUCAAGGCCCACCUCAGGGGAAAUCUGCAUCUGCAGAGAGUCUGUUGGACCAGCGAGAGCCAACCGGUUUCCUAAGGAACAGAUCCACAUCCACACCACACACAUUUCAGGCACAUGACAAAGAAGAGGACCCAUUACCAGUUAACGCUGUUGAAACCCAACGCUGUCAGAAGAACGAAGCAGAAGCGCCAUCAGAAAAGCGGGUCCCCGAGGGCCAGCAACGCGCUCGGACGGUGGGACAGAGGGGGAAGUCCAUGGAGGAGCUCGGCGCAUCGACGGUUACUAAAGUAUCGACCCUGAGUAAAAGCUCCGAGCACCUGGAUCAACUGCGGAAGAAUUCAGCCGAGCCCGCAGGCGAAUACAGAAACGAGAGGAAGGCUGCACACCUUGCUGAAGACAGAAGUGCUAGACGACAGGAAGCGAGAAAAGAAGCGGAGUUUGUUGGUCAGAGUAACUCUCAGGGACAGAGCCAACACCAAACCCGGAGCAAUUCUCCAGAGAGGCAACGUCCUGAGCAAGGGGGGGAUGCGGCAGGAGAACGACGCUCCGCCGGAGCCGUCUCUCCAGCCUCCAGUGGAGAACUUAGUGAGACAGUUUCUAACCCACCAUCCCUCAGAGGUCAAAAGACCAGUGAACGGGAGAUCAAAUCCUCCUCCUCCACACCCACCCAGACAAAGCUUCCUUGUGAAAGCCCACCGAGCUCCAGUAGAGGCGGGACGUCCCCUGGAGUAGAGCGGGAGCAGAAAGCGGACAACUCAAUCGGCGAGACAAACCACGAAGUGUCUCUGAGCUGCGGCGUCACCACUGAUCCAUCGCUGUGGAUUCUCCCGCCAGAGGAAGAGCUCAAGGAGGACGUCCUGAAUCCCCAGCUGGCAAACGACGUUCCCAACGAUCCCGGCAGCUCCAUCUCCACCAAGCAAAAAACCAACCCCCCUGCGUCUCCCUCUACUUCCGUCUCCGAAGCGGAGGUGAGGGAGCGGGCGGAUGAGGGGAAAGGUCCGGAGCUGGAAGCUGAGACGGUGGGAGAAAAGGAGGAGACGGAGGACGGGGGAACGCCAGAGGGAGAGACAAACGGCUCAGAGAGGUCUGCCAAGAAACCCAAGUGGGAGGAGCUGGUAAAGGCAGUGGUCAAAGCUGACCAGUCACUGGCCAGGGUGCUCUGUCCGGUGGCCAAUCGCAAGACCGCGCUGAUGCUCAUGGAGCAGCUCCUGUCUGAGGACACGCUGCUGAUGGAGGAACACUACAAGAAGAAACAGGAGCAGAAAGGAGCUGCAGAAAGUGAAGGAGAUGAACCAUCCCCAUGUCUGCCCGAUCCCGACGGCGUGAAAUCUCAGCGUACAGACGAGCAAAGCGAAGCUGAAAUCACCGAGAAGAAGCGCUUGUUGGUCUUUUACAUCAACGAGCAUCUGCGCUCUCUGGAGGAGUCGCGUGGCGCCCUGCAGACGGAGGUGGAGGAGAACGCCGCCCUGGGCGAGGCGAUGAAGCUGCUGGUGCACGAGCGCUGUCUGCCAGUGGAGCUGGAGAGGUACAACCUGUUCAUCGGCGACCUGGAGAGGGUGGUCAACCUGCUGCUGUGCCUGUCCGCCCGCUUAGCCAGGGUGCAGAACGCCCUGAGCGUUGUGGACCAGCACACCGAUGCCGAAGAGAAGGAAUCCCUGGACAGUCGCCACCGUCUGCUGUGCAAACAGAGGGAGGAUGCCAAAGAUCUGAAGGACAACCUGGACCGCCGAGAAAACCUGGUCUCCACCUUCCUGUCGCGUCAGCUGUCCGCCGAGCAGCUGCAGGACUACCGGCGCUUCGUCCAGACCAAGGCCUCGCUCCUCAUCCGGCAGAAGGACCUGGAGGAGAAGCAGAGGCUGGGAGAGGAGCAGCUGGAGGCGCUUUCUAACAGCCUGAAUAUCUGAAGGGACAAACGCUUUGGCUCGUAGUUUCCAGGCUCCGUUUGCCUGUUGGAGAUAAUCCCAUCAUGACUACCCCCCCCCCUCCCCCCUCCUAUCAGGACAGGAAUAACUCCUGAGAGUCAAGUGAACUUUUUCCGCCCAUCACAGUUUGCACAAUCAGCAGUGUGCACUAAAAUGUCUUAAUAUUGUACAUUUGUUUUCGCUUUGAGCAGAAUGGAACUGUUUCGGUGUGCCUUGAUACAUUAUUAUGUAGCUGUUGGACAUUUUAUCUUAGAGCUGCUGUGCAGAAACUCGUAGUACUUCAGAUAGAGUCCUCUGUUUUUCACCGAGACAAUAAGCCCCGCGGCCCUGUACCUGCACCUGUGGAAACCUACUAUAAGCUUUAAGAUCGUCCCCUGAGCGGCGACGACGCUUCAGUAGCCGGACGGAGAGCGGAGGGCUGGAUCACGUCAGGAAAAUGUACUGUAGAUGUAGAAGAUUUCAUAUUUUUUUCCGUUUGGUUGCCUGUAUUUUUUAAAUGCAUUUCAAAUUAAGGCACGAAAAAAAAAACCAAAAACAAAGUUUAACGUUGAAAUAAGCACUUUGAAAAGAUACAUGAACGCACAUUACAUCAAAUCCGAGUCUAAAUAAUUUCAAGUAAAUGCCUUCCUCACAUCUGUUAAAGCACCCAUUUCUUUCUCUUGGAUUUAAACUGCAUCUAUUUUCACUUUUACAGCUUCUGCUUGUAUCCCAUGAUGGUUCCAUUCAUUCUCAUGUUCAGGAAUAGAGAAAUAUGGAAAAUGCAUAGCACAACCUUCACCAAAGGCAGCAGCAGUGACAGCAACGUCUCCAGGACUAAUGUGAGUUCAUCAAGAGAGGAUUUAUAUGGCAACUAAUCCAGGGAGGAGAAAAAAACUCAUUAGAAAUGUUGUCUGUGUGCAGUAUCUUAGAGACCCAUCACACUGGCACCCUAUGAGAGGAUUUAGAUGUUCUGUUGCGAACCCAGUCUGACUGUAAUUCACCAAGGUGGGGACUAACUGGUUGUGACAAAAACUCAGGUUUAAUCAGAUAUAGAUAAUUUCUGCUCCACUUCUGACCAGCAUUUUCCCUCCGCUGCCUGUGUACCAUCAGCAGUACCAUUUCUACUGGCACCUGAAAACGUUAUAUUAGCGAGCCGUGUAGUGAUUCUUCAGGGCUCACUUUUCUAACCAUUUUAUCCGUAAGGACUCAAAAUGUUAUUUUGAGUUUAUGCUCUGUCACAUCACACACGUUUUGCUCCCAAACAACACCUGUAGUCACCUCAGCGGUCUGGCCGUUGACUAUCUGCUAGCUGUGGCUCUAUGUUGAGUCCUCUUCCCUCAGCUACUGAUUCUUCCUUCCCUGUAAUUCCAAGACUUUAAUGGUUUCAUAAUUCUCAGGCAAAUGUGUUUCCAACACAGACACGGGCUUGCUAAAAUUCAUCUUCCAUACCUAGGUUUACUUCCGUAGUUUCACCAAUGUUUCCAAAAUAGGGGAUUUUUGUUGCAAAAGUAUUUAGUACAUAAUUAUUUUUGACAUUUUCCCAUUGAAAAGGCCUUCUUGUGUCAGCGUAAGAAUCCUUUCCAUGAUUACGAUGAGAUUUCCAGACAAGUCAUUAUCCAUAUAUGGUGGUGCCUUCCAGUGAGUCAAAUGGCUCUUUUUCUUUCAGAUUCUUUUAGAGUCCCUUUCUGCUUUGAAAAACAAUUUAAAGACUACGUGUGAUUAAUUUUUCCUCAGCCUUCAAGAUUUUUGAAAUUACGAGAAUAAAGUCAUAAAAUUGUGAGAGUAAAAUUCAAAUUUUAUGAGAAUUUUAUGAGAAACUCAAAAAAUUGCUUCCUUCCCCCAGUCUUAAAAUGAUGAACGUUGAGCAUCUUGUGAAGUUAUACUUUGGUGUCGGUUUCACAAAUAAGGAAAUACUUAAUUCAGAUCAAAUUAUUAUUAGUGUCAGGACUUUGACACGAUUGUGCAAACGACUGUGUGAUUUUAUUCUUGCAAUAUUACGGCUUUUUUCUCGUAAUUUACAAAUGAAAAAAGUAUUACGUCCACUGAUGAGUAAAGCAAUUUAAAAAAAAAAAUGGUCACAGAGGAAUACAUUUCCACAAAAGAAACAAAGCAAUUUUGAGAUUAACUGAACAUGUUUGCGAGAAAAAAAAAAACAAGUUUUCUGAUGUUGAAUGGUCGUAAAUUUUAAAGAAGAAAUUAAUUUUCUCUCUAUAAAGGCAUAAAUUUGCUACGUUAAAACAAGUAUACCUCUGACAUUGUAAAGUCAGAAAUUUGGAUCCUCUUGUGACCCCCAAAUGGUGUCUUGUGAUCCCUUAGGGUGUCCCAACCCCCAUAUUGGGAACCCCUGACAUAUGUGAUGUAUGUGAUGCCCUAUAAGAGAAAGGUACAAAAAAAAAAACACAAAAUAAAGGACUCAAAGUGUCUCUCAUGCUUCAUGCUACCAAGUCUUAACUAUUAUCAAUUGAUACUAAACCUCACUUAGACAGAAUAGUACUAAGGAGCAAUUAGCGCAAAGUAUUUUCUCCCACCGUGUCCUUUUGUUGCAGAAGCAACAUCUUAUACUUGAAACUUUUUUUUUUUAAAUUAUAUAGGAGUAAAGUACAAUUUUUCACUUCAGGUGUCUUUACCACCAGCCGUCUCUUGGUACGUGAAUCAAAAAACCCAUCUACGUGCAGUCCCUCCAUUGAAUUUGGUUCAUCCAUAUUUGUACUAAUUUUAAUAGGAAUCUUUAACCAGAGAGCUGUCGUUUAUCUGUGUGAGAGAUGAUGAAUGUUUUCAGAAAAUUGCUCCCAUGUUCUUAUCCCUUCAGGAAAUUGUACCUGCUGGCUGUGUUGCCUCCAAUAUUUAAAUGUAAUAGAUUAGAAAUGAGCUUUUUGUCCAUCAGUGGGGGAAUUCAGGUGUACUAGCAGAAAAGUGAAAGGCAGAUUUACACAACGGUAAAAAAAAAAAAAAAAAAAAAAAA